AUGAGCCUCACGGUGAGCAGCUCUGAGCCGCCGGCGCAGACACAAGACGCCUCGGCUCAGCAUCCUCUCACGGUCGUCCUUGGCUGCCGCAAAUCAGAGCUCGCACUUGUUCAAGCUCGGAACAUCGCAGCCAAGCUUGGCGAAAGCGUCGGCCCGUCCCUCGCCAUUGACAUCGCCACGCGCAGUGUUGCCGGCGAUGCGGAUAAGGACUCGCCCUUUGCACUCCUCUCGAAACAGACGGGUGGAUCAGACAUCGGCAAAAGUCUGUGGACGAAUGGCCUGGAGGCCGACAUGCUGGCCGGCAAGCUCCAAGUCCUCGUGCAUUGCCUAAAGGACAUGCCGACAACCCUGCCGCCAAAUUGUCUCCUGGGGGCUAUCCCGCAGCGCGAGGACCCCUCCGAUGCCGUCAUAAUGAGAUCCGACUCCAAGUUCACGUCCAUCGAUCAGUUACCUCCUGGCUCCGUAGUUGGAUCGAGCUCUUCUCGAAGAAGGGCUUUGAUUCGGCGAAACUGGCCCCAUUUAGAGGUGGCGGAAUGUCGCGGCAACUUGUACGUAUCGCUUCAACUUUUCCUGCUGCUACUCCCCGGCGUAUCAAUUAGGGCCAGCUGGACUAAACAACUGUCCGGAAUCUAG